CUUUUUCACCUCUUUGUAGUUACUGCUUCAUCCACCUGUGAGAAAUUAGAGAAAGCCAGGAACGAGUUACAAAUAGCUUACGAAGGAUUUGUCCAGCAGCACCGGGCCGAUAAAAUAGAACGAGAGAAUCAGCUUAAAGAAUUUUACACCAGGGAAUUUGAAAAGCUCCAGAGCACUUACAUCGAAGAAGCGGAGAAGUAUAAAACUCAGUUGCAAGAGCAGUUUGACAACUUACAUGCUGCCCAUGAAACCACUAAGUUGGAAAUUGAAGCUAGCCACUCGGAAAAAAUAGAAUUGCUGCAGAAGGCCUAUGAAGCCUCCCUUACAGAAAUCAGGAAAAGCCAUGAAAUUGAAAAGAAAGCACUUGAAGACUUGCUUAAUAAGAAGCAGGAAUCCUUAGAGAAACAAAUCAAUGAUCUGAAGAGUGAAAAUGAUGAUUUAAAUGAACAGCUGAAAUCAGAAGAACAAAAAAGAAUAUCAAGAGAGAAAGCAAACUUAAAAAACCCUCAGAUCAUGUACCUGGAGCAAGAAUUAGAAAGCCUGAAAGCUGUGUUAGAGAUCAAGAAUGAGAAACUGCACCAACAGGAUGUCAAGUUAAUGAAAAUGGAGAAACUGGGCGUGCCCAGUGUUCCUGGCAGUCUUGGCCCCGCCAUGAGACACAGCUACUAG